AUGGAGGAUCACACAGCUGGCCAGGAGAAGCACAUCCCAUCAGGCUAUCCCCUUCAGAUACCAGUCGAUGAUGGAUCGGAUGAGCCUGUUUCUGAAACAUCUGACGCUAAGAGCACCCCAACUACGGAAGAUGCCACAGCACCUUUAGUGGAGGAAGGAGACCACGAGGAUCAGGGUGGUGUCGAACAGCACGGGGAGAUCCCAGAAGGAACCACAGCUGAAGAGGCAGGUGUAGGAGCCACCCCCAACCUGGAGGACCACGCUGGAGGAGAUGCCACUCAAGGGGAGCCAAGCUCUCCAAAGCUACAGCCUGGCCCUCCGGAGCGUGUGGGAGAUGCAAUAAAAAGAGAAAGCCAGCCCAUGAAGCAGGUAGCUGGGGUUCUUCAGCAGCCUCUUCUGUCACAUGAAAUGAAGGCUACAACAGCAGUUCCCACCAGAAUCGAGGUCACCAUCCCAAUACCCCUGGAUAUGUACCAAGACUCCAGAGCAUCUGAAGACAACAAUGAGCUGUGGGAUCAGCGAGGCAGAGAAGGCAUUGGUGUGGAUCCAGCACUGGGAACAGAGCUAGGUCCUGGUGUGUGCACUGAGGGAUUGGCAGGAGCAGGUGGCACAGCUGACUCCCGUAUUAAAGAUGGGCCAUCUCCUUUGUAUACCAGAGCUCCAUUAAAAGAAGAUGCCAGUGGAUGGGAAGGAGAUGAGGACCGCGAUGUUGAUGAAACAACAGGCAAGGAAGCUCUUGAAGAAUAUGCCUUUGAAGAAAACAAGUCCAAAGAUGUCCUCAGAGACAUCCCAAGAGAGGCACUUCCUGUUGAAACUGAGUCACAUAAAGCAGUAGAGGACCAAGAGGAGAGGAGACAGCCAUUGAGGGGGGAAGAAGACAGAGAUGUCACCCCACCAGAGCCUUCUGUAAUCAUCUCCCAAAAAGAAGUGGAGCCUGAGGAGGGAGAAGAUUCUGGACCCUUGCUAGAAACAGCCACACUCCCCGUUGAGUUAAAAGAUGAUGUGGAAGAUAAAGACGCUCCUUUGGAAGAGGCUGUGCCAGGUACAGGAAAACACCGGUCACCCAAGAAGAAACCUUGUGCCCAUGUUGCAGAUAAAGCCGUCAGUCGCGUCCCUCUCCUAAAAGGCCGUAUUGACAGCAAAGACAAGGAAGGGACUGAAGCUGAGGAAAAGAAACCGAAGAAAUCCUCACCUUCCACUGCCAAACCCCCAGGCGAUAGACCCUCCAUCCCCCCCCAGCGACACACCUCCUCUAGCACAACCCCUUCGAAAACACCCUCCAGCCCUGCUUCCACCUCUAAACGAGUCUCAUCUGUCACACCCCGACCUGCCAGUACAGGAACACAAGAAACGAAAGCCAAGGGCCCGGAGAUGAGAGGUGGCACGAAGACGGCCACGCCGCGGUCUGCAGCUGGGCAGAGGAACUCGACCAAUGCGACACGCAUCCCGGCAAAGACACCCACGGCCCCCAAGACACCUCCUGGCUCUGGCAGAAAGGAGCAGAAAAAACCACCUCCUGCAGCAGCAAAGUCGGAGAAAGGUGAGCAGCCAAAGUCCGGAGACAGAAGCGGUUACAGCAGUCCCGGCUCCCCCCGGGCUCCCUCCCUCCCUCCCUCUCUGCCCACCCCACCAGCCAGGGAGCCCAAGAAGGUGGCAGUGGUUCGCACACCACCGAAAUCUCCUGCGUCUGCCAAGAGCCGCGUCCAGCCGUCAGCCGCACCCAUGCCUGAUCUGAAAAAUGUGAAGUCCAAAAUUGGCUCAACUGAAAACCUGAAGCACCAGCCCGGAGGUGGCAAGGUGCAGAUUGUUAAUAAGAAGCUGGACUUUAGCAGCGUUCAAUCCAAGUGUGGCUCAAAGGAUAAUAUCAAACACAUCCCAGGAGGAGGCAGUGUGCAGAUUGUUAAUAAGAAGGUGGACUUUAGCAGCGUUCAAUCCAGGUGUGGCUCAAAGGAUAAUAUCAAACACAUUCCGGGAGGAGGCAGUGUUCAAAUCGUUUACAAGCCAGUCGACCUGAGCCACGUGACAUCCAAAUGUGGUUCCCUGGGCAACAUCCAUCACAAACCAGGCGGCGGCCAGGUGGAGGUGAAAUCUGAGAAACUGGACUUCAAAGAUAAGGUGCAAUCGAAAAUCGGGUCCUUAGAUAACAUCAGCCACGUCCCUGGAGGAGGAAAUAAAAAGAUUGAGACCCAUAAGCUGACUUUCCGCGAGAACGCCAAAGCCAAGACUGACCACGGCGCCGAAAUUGUCUACAAGUCCCCCACCAUCUCCGGAGAUGCCUCCCCGCGCCGCCUUAGCAACGUCUCCUCCACCGGCAGCAUCAACAUGGUGGACUCCCCCCAGCUCGCCACGCUAGCCGACGAAGUGUCUGCUUCGCUGGCCAAGCAGGGAUGUUUGAAUAUCAAACGCAGAUUUUGGAAGCUUUAA